AUGAAGCAGUGAGUGAACUACGCCUCCCUGAAAAACCACUUUAACGUCAGCCUGCAUCUAUUUCGUUGUUUCAUGAAGCAUUGUGUGUCUCACAGGCCUACCUUCUGUUUUGUGUCUACUGAAUAUGACCCUGGUGUGUUGGUGUCUCUCUGUGUACCCUAGGAUUCACCGGAUCUCCAUCACCAACUUCUGCCUGGGCAAGCACCUGGUGAGUGAGGACGACCUGCUGAAGGACCAGCGAGGAAGUCCAGCCUACAUCAGCCCUGACGUACUGAGUGGUGAGAUGACUCAGAUAUAUAUAUAUAUAUAUACACACACACACACACACACACACACACACACACACACACACACACACACACACACACACGGCAUGAGAGGGGAAAGGAGAGGGAAGUUCUCUAUCAGUCUGUCACAAAUGCUACUGACUGAUGCCAAACACAAUCACAUAACAGUUAAAUUGAAACUUCCAUAUCUCCAUGCUUACUUUAUGUAACAAGUGGAUUCAAAUCAUGUAGGCCUAUUGAUUUCCAAGGGUAAUUCACAUGUUAUUUGUGAAAUGUAUUGGUGGUGGUUUGACUAAGCUCCUGUUAUCGUUUACUGUUCUGUUGAAAGGAAGGGUCAGCCUAGUUAAUAUGGGUCGACCUGCGAGUCAGUCAGGAGGCUUGCGUAAUGUUUGUUUUCCGGUUAUUAGGCAACACAGAUAACCAAUGUUCCAAGUUUGCAAAAUAGGCUAAGGCUGAAAAUAUCUCAAGGCAUUUUUUUCAUUUAUUGACUUGAUCAUCAGAGUUGCAUGAUGUUCUCUCGUGCUAAGCUAUGUGUUAGGGUAUGUGGUGUUGAUUUUGUUUGGUUUUAUUGCAAACACGUUACUGCGCUACAUUUUUCUAGUAUUUUAAUUGCUUGCUGCAAGAGACUGUACACUAUUCCAUCACUCAGUAGUUUGUGCAUACACUGAGGUUCUAACCAUUUGAAAAGUAAUUCUCAGUUCUUCAGUCUAGACACGAUUGGCAGGAAAUGUGUGAAAAGAGCAGAUUGGGCUGGUGUUUGCUUGCCUCUUCCCCUCUCUCCAUUAAAACAGAUAGAACCCAGGCAUAUAUGAGCGGAACAUGACAAGUUGAAAACAGAACAAUGAAAUGGAGCUCCAGUGAGUCACACUGAUGACUCACCGAGAGGGAAACUACUCCCAACCCCUCCCCCCUGUGUGCGUGUGUCAAAAGCAUUACCAUAAUUGCACCAUGGGUGAAGGGAGGGAAGCAACUGCUGCCACCUCUUUAUAACAACACUUGCCUCUGGUCCUAAAGCAGAACACCAUGCUCAUUGCUCCACCAUUACAAUCACUGGCUUCUGACUCAUCAUGCCUUUACUGUUUGAUAGGUUUAAGCAUAAAGAGGUAUGUUAUUGCCAAAUGUAAUUGUGGUUGGAAAUUUCUUGGAAAGAUGAGUCUAGAUCUGCAGUUGGAUAGUGUAGAGUCACAUGGUCUUCUGUUUGUGUCCAAUUGGUUAAUCUUUCAUUCUGUGGUUGAUAAUUAGAUAUUCUGUAUGGUUCUAGAGGCGAAGGGCAGUGGGUUGAGGAUUAACGACAAUGUCAUUUGUAGUUGAAUUAAUAUUCGAGAGUGUCAUUGUACUGGUGCAUGUACGUACAUGAUAAAUACUGUUACAUGAUAUGUAAGCCUAUAUGCAAUAUGUUUUUAAAGAAGAUGAGUCAUUUCUCAGUCGCAAAAUGUUAACCAGGUUUCCAUCCAAACAUGUAGGAUAAUAAAUGUCAUUAUGGAAAUGGUAAACAUUCCAAAUGUCGAAAAAACAAAAAAUACGCUGGAGCUGAUCUCUUUUUCUUUUUUUUUUUCUUUUUUUCUGUAAAAUUAAUUACGCACGAAAUGCCGGUGGAAAUUAUUUUUAUGCUGAAAUUGAUAUAAUAACAUCAUAUCGAAGUAAACUUGGAGUCACGCGAUGACAUGUUGUGUGGUCCUCCCACUACGACUUGUCGAGAAAGCAUGCAGUUUAUUAGGCUACAGAUUAAAUAAAUUAUGAUGAGCUUCACAAGAUGGUGAAAGUGCACGGUGAUGAGCUUGAUGCUCCUUUCCAAUAAAUAUCGAGGGUCUUAUUCUGGUGACAUGAAAGUUGAUGCUUGGCUGCCGUUUGACAAAUAAAAAUUAUUCUGCUUUUUUGUCCGUAACAAUAAUCUCAUGUAGCUUAAUUGCUCAUGGAAGUCGCUCUGUAUAAGAGCGUCUGCUAAAUGAACAAAAAUGUAAAUGUAAAAUGUAGGCUAUACGUGCUCUCUAGCCAACAACGUGCAGAUAGGACUGUUGGCUAGAGUGCACGUGCCAGUAUCUUUCUAUCGGUACAUGGGAAUUUAACCACAAAGUAUUUUUAUGUGCACUACGUCAUCAGUACAUUUGUACAUUUGAUGGAAACAUCUCUUUUGGGGAAAAUGCACAUUGUUUUUUAUGUAGAAUUAUUAAAGAUUCGCAUGAAAAUCUGUCGCAAAUUGGAUAGAAACCUAGCUAGUGAAACAUUGAAAUUAAUCUAUUAAUGUCUCCUUUUGAAGGUCGGCCGUACCACGGUAAGCCCAGUGACAUGUGGGCCCUUGGCGUGGUGCUGUUCACCAUGCUCUAUGGCCAGUUCCCCUUCUACGACAGCAUACCUCAGGAGCUAUUCCGCAAGAUCAAGGCUGCAGAGUACUCCAUCCCAGAGUAGGUCAACAUACAACACGCCACACAGUACCACACAUCCCAUACAAAACCACAAGCAUUAUUACACCAUGCACCCCAUACAGAGUGCGUGCUACAUGUCAUACAACACCUUCCAUCCCACACAACACCUUCCAUCAUACAGCGGCAAAUAGGCAUUUUUCAAGGCCAUUUUUAUACUGCGUUGGUGUAAAUUGGAAGAAGCUACAAUGAUGCAUAUCACGACAGUUGGGCUACUCAAGGACUUUGUGCCAGUCUGCCAAUAUCAAUUCAGUUCUGAGCCACACACUAUUAUAACUAAUAGUAAUAUGCCAUUUAGCAGAUGCUUUUAUCCAAAGUGACUUAGUCAUGCAUGCAUACAUUUUACGUACAGGUGGUCCUUGGAAUCGAACCCACUAUCCUGGCAUUGCAAACGCUAUGCUAUACCAGCUGAUCUACAGAACACCAUGCUCUUAUUGGUUCCUCCAAUGUAUUAUUCAACAGUUUCUCCUUCUGGUGCUGAAGGCCAUAAAUAUAACCCUUUCUCCUUCUUCCCUUUCCUCCCUCUCUCCCCUCAGGGACGGGCGUGUGUCGGAGAACACUGUGUGUCUUAUACGGAAGUUGCUGGUGCUGGACCCCCAGCAGAGGCUGACCGCCGCAGAGGUCCUGGAGUCUCUCAGCGGCAUUAUCGCCUCAUGGUGAGUCAUGCCCCCUGGUGGACAGGGAGAGAACUGGAAAUAUUGGCAGUAGCGAUUUUGUGGUUGGAAAAGUGCAUAACAAUACAAUAAGGUGUGAGAAUAUCAUCUUUAAUGCCAUCAAGAUGUUUAAUUUAAACGCUGCACAAUAGAAUCAUCAGUCAGUCCAUGCUGUGUCGAUAAACUGUAUCCUGUGUGUGUGCUUUGCAGGCAGUCAGUAUCAUCUUUGACCGGUCCUCUUCAGGUUGUACCGGACAUCGAUGACCAGGUCAGCCACCCAGAGCAUCUCCAGGAGGUGAGAUCCCUGUGGUCAACAACCCAUUGAUCCUCCCUCAGCCUUUAGCGUUAGCACAUGGCUAAUCAUCAGACAGAACUUCAGCUCACCCAAAGCCUGCCGGGGAACAGAGCCAAUUGCUCCUCCCUUACUGACUGGUGCCUUGUUCUCACUGCGCCACAAUGAGGCUAGCACUUUCAUUACAUUGCAGUUGAAUCCAAUGUUCUUUAUAAAUCUAAAGGUGUUGUAAGAAAUACAAAAGUGUGUACAAGUAUGGCUUGACAAACAUUCUCAGUCAUAAAGCUGUAGAUUGACAUCAGCUCUGUUUUGACAAGGAUGCUGAAGAGAUCAUUAACCAGACUCUAACUUGUGCAACAGUAUCCCUAUGUGUAACAGCAGGGCUGUGUUCAGUAGGCACCAAACAGAAGAAAACUAACAAACUGGGAAGGGACUACCUUUUGCUCAUUUUGUGCCCUAAUGCAGGGGUUUUCAAACCUCUCCUCAGUGACCCCCAGCCUUCCAUGUAUUUGAGCAAUACCAGAUCUAGUACACCUGAUUUUAAACUAAUCAAUAACAAAUGUGUAAAUAUAACAACAUUGUAAAAUGUCUGGGGGUCACUGAGAAGAGGUUUGAAAACCACUGCCCUGAUGAACACGACCCAGUGUGUAACUAACAUAAUCUGUCUCUAUCCCAGGUGAAGGUGACGGAGGAGUCGUCGCAGUACGAGUUUGAGAACUACAUGCGUCAGCAGCUGCUGCUGGCCGAGGAGAAGAACACUAUUCAUGAGGCCAAGGCCAGCUUCCUCGCCAAGCGCCAGUUUGGCGCCAUCCCGCCUGUGCGGCGCCUGGGCCACGAUGCCACGCCCGUCAGCCCUCUGGACGCCGCCAUCCUGGCCCAGCGCUUCCUCCGGAAGUAG